CCCUGACCAUCCGCACAAGAAGAAAUCGGCCAGUGGCUGAAUCUAGUUGAUGAUCCCUGCUGUAGAAUCUAGUCUAUGGUAGGCUAUGGCGUAGGCCUCCUAAAGUGUCUUCUAGAGUGUCUUCCCUCUCCUCUCACCCCUGAACCUCCGUUACUGACAUCCCUAAAAGCUGUUAUAAGUGUACUAUAUUCACUGCCCUGCCUCUCCUAUUCCUACUAUCCUACCGCCUGCCUGCCCGCCUAGGAUGUCUCUGGAGAUAAUGACCAUCCUCUGUCGCUGUGAGAAUAUCGAAACCUUGGAGGGUGUCCCCCUGGAUGUGACAGGGGUGGCUCAGGAUAACCCUUGAGAUUAUGACCCUGCAGCCCAAGUGUGAGGAUGUGGAAACAGCGGAGGGUGUAGCUAUUACUGUCACUGGGGUGGCACAGGUGAAGGUGAUGGUAGACAAUGAGCUGCUGGGCUAUGCCUGUGAACAGUUCCUGGGGAAAUCUGUGAUGGAGAUAAAGAGUGUCAUUCUGCAGACCCUGGAGGGUCAUUUACGCUCUAUUCUCGGUACUCUGACGGUGGAGCAGAUCUACCAGGACAGAGACAGAUUUGCUGCUCUGGUGAGGGAGGUGGCAGCGCCCGACGUGGGCCGCAUGGGCAUCGAGAUCCUCAGCUUCACCAUCAAGGAUGUUUAUGAUAAAGUGGAGUACCUGAGUUCCUUGGGCAAGAGUCAGACAGCUGCAGUACAGCGAGACGCAGACAUCGGAGUGGCCGAGGCAGAGAGAGACGCAGGAAUCAGGGAAGCAGAAUGUAAGAAAGAGAUGAUGGACAUCAAGUUCCAAGCAGAUACCAAGAUGGCCGACUCUAAGAGAGGGUUGGAGAUGCAGAAGGCUGCUUUCAAUCAAGAAGUAAACACAAAGAAAGCAGAGGCCCAGCUGGCCUACGAGCUGCAGGCUGCCAAGGAGCAGCAGAAGAUCCGUCUGGAGGAGAUAGAGAUCGAGGUGGUUCAGAGGAAGAAGCAGAUCACCAUUGAGGAGAAGGAGAUUGACCGCACUGAGAAGGAGCUGAUCGCCACGGUCAAGAGGCCGGCCGAGUCUGAGGCCUACAAGAUGCAACAGCUGGCCGAGGGACAGAAGAUGAAGAAGGUGCUGACGGCCCAAGCGGAGGCGGAGAAGAUCCGUCGUAUCGGAGAGGCAGAGGCCGGUUCCAUAGAGGCUAUAGGGAAGGCUGAGGCUGAAAAGAUGAGGCUGAAGGCUGAGGCCUACCAGCAUUAUGGAGAGGCUGCCAAGACUGCUCUGGUCCUAGAGGCCCUGCCUAAGAUCGCUGGCAAGGUGGCGGCACCGCUGGCCCAGACCAAUGAGAUUGUCAUCCUAAGCGGGGACGGUAGUCGUGUGACCGGCGAGGUUAACCGCCUAUUGGCUGAGCUCCCCGUGUCCGUCAACGCCCUCACAGGGGUGGACCUGAUGAAGAUCCCUUUUCUUCAGAAGAUGACCAACCCUCAAGCAUGAAAACAAUCCAAUGCACCCAGACUCCAAUACAUCUCUCUUAUGCACUCUUUAAAUCAACAAGAAACACUUGAAUACAAGAGUUGUUGUUUUACUACGAAAAGUACUACGAAAGAGUAGUCGUUUUCAUUUUCUAGACCCCUGAUGCCUUAGCUCUAUAGGACCAGAUCAUCUGCAUGGACCACUGAAUUUUUUUUUUAAAGAACAAAAAAAAGCAACCGUUCAUUUUAUAUUUGUUUUUAAGAAGUUACCCCCAUUGUGUUGUACUUACUCUCGUCUACAUUAUAGAAAAGGGGCAUUCAUCCUGAUUUUUCUGUGCAGGCCUUAUUCUGGUCUGAAAGGUCUCGCCAGGUGUCUUCAUAGUUUUUCAUAGUUUUUUUUAUUGUGUUACACUUAGUACCUUGGAUAUGCCCAUGGUUUUUUACAGUUACUUGUGCAAGUGUUUUUAAGUAUUUCGUCACCCAUUUUUAUUGUUUCAUUCUUAUGUGCAGUCAGUGCCUGUUUACCAACCAAGUGGCCAAACCUCAGGAAAGGUAAUGGUUUGGCAAUUCAAAAAGUUUAGUGAUACUACAGUGAAAUUCAAUGAGAGAUGUAGAAAUGUCCUCCCCCAUCCUCAUAUCAUUUGCCUUUUUCUUUACUAGAAUCUUCAUUUCAUUCUUCAUCUUGGGUAUGGGAGAGGUGUGCCUUCUUAGGACAAGACAUGCAAGAAGCAGAAAGCAUACACAUGAACACGUGUGCAUCGAUCUUCAUGUCUGUAUGAAGCCAUAUACUUUCAAGAUUAGCCUUAAUAUAGAGACCCAGGAGUCCUGCUAGCUUUCCUGAUCAUCUGGAUUACCUCAGUCAAUCUAAGCUUUAAUACUUGUUCUACUUCUUUCCAAUUAUUGAGAUGCCAUAUGACAAUAUGCAUUUCAGUCUCUUAGGGUAGCCAAUGUUGUGUUAUGUCACCUUGUGGUUCCAUUCUUAAAUUACAUAUACAUUUUUAUAAAGGAUUUAUCUCUA